UCAUAUAUCAUCAUAACAUAGUUAAGAUUCAUUCGCAGGAAUGCCAUCGGAACUGGAACUGGAAACUGCACCUGGACCUGAACCUGGACCUGGACCUGUACCUGGAACUGGAACCGGAAUCAGAUCUAAUAAUUGAGUCUAGAGCGUAAGUCUACCAGCGAGAGACAAAGCACCUGCGGAGCGAGGAGCCCGGAGAAAGGGAGCGCUUGGGAGGUGGCAGGAACGCCAACUGGUACUAGAACUGGUACUAGAACUGGUACUAGAACUGAAAUUGAAAGUGGAAUUGGAACUGGAACUGGAACUGUCUAAGGUGCAGGAGGAAGGUGAGAAGGGAAAGAACUCGUAGAAUCUCGGUGUCCCCCCCAGUGAAGAGAGAUCAAGCGGCGGAGCAAUUGAGCAGCAGCAAGCAGUAGAGACACGUGUCAUCUUCGACGGCCUGCAAGGAAGCUCUGGCUAUGGCGUCCUCUCCAUCACGCAUUGAUCGUCCCCUUCCUUUUACACGUGUCAUCUUCUCACUGGCUGUCGUUUUCAUUGUCGUCCUUCUCACUUCUGCUUCGCGGCCAUGUGGGGCCCAGCCGGGAGCCAACACACAAGACGGACCGAUAGGACCUCCUGAGGCCUUGUACAUUGAUUGUGGGAGUAACAAGUCAUCCAAUGACUCACAGGGGCGGAAUUGGUUGAGCGACAAACCAUUCAUGAAUGGGUUCAAGACAGCACUUCCAGCGGAUGUUAGGCCAAGCGACACUUUGUCAGUUGAUAUACCAGAAGCUAUUGUGAAAACCACCCGCUUUUUCGAUGACUUGGGCGAUACCAUGCCUGGUGAUCACUGCAGCAUUCCUGUGGCAGAUAAUGAAGCAUACUGGAUUCGUUUCACGUUUCCGUUUUACAGUUCGAGACAACAGGGUUCAAAUUCAGACUCAGUCUUUGAUGUUUGGCUCUAUCAGGCUGUCCGCAUUGCUACUGUGAACUACAGCGAAUCUGGGCGUGGAGAACUCCCAUUCGGCACUUAUGAUAUCCUAAGUCUUGAGAUUGGUCUUAUUCCACCUUCCGUCCAAUUGAAUUUCUCAUUUGUUAAGCGAAGUGGUGAGGGUGUGCACGUGAGCUCGAUAGAGAUUCUGAAGCUUGUGAAUCCUGAAAGCUCAGGAAUGUUUUCAAACAACUUUUUGCCACUUCGGCUCCCUGGUCCAACAGUGCUUAGGCUGGAACAGCGGAUUAACUGCGGAGGGCCUCAUGUGAAUGGUUCUCUGGCGUUGCCUUAUGCAUACGAUGAAGACCGGUUUUAUAACAUUUCGGAGAAGUCCAUUGCCGUGAUUGGUAAUAUCACAGACAACAGAGCCUCAAGAGUUAGUGCGCCAAGUGACAUUUUGAAGUCCCAGCGAAUGGCAGCUGAAGGAGCUAAUUUGACCUACAGUAUUCCUGUGACAUCUGGGGUGAAGUUUGUGAUCAAUGCUUUUUGGUAUGAGCUGAAUAAAACGUUGGAGAAGAGUGGACGGCAAUUUAAGAUUUUCGUUGACAAUUUCGACGCAACCCUUGAGAAAGAUGGAAAAGGGCGGGAAGGCGUCACAACAAAUGACGUUUUUGGGACAGAUCUUUAUUCAGGUGGUGAUGGAGGGCGUAUUUUGAUCCAGUUGGUGCCUAUGCCUGAUCAGGGAAAUUUGCCACCAAUUAUCAGCGGGCUGGAAGUCUAUUCGCUUAUCAAUUUGGCUGGCCGGACAUUUCCUCAGGACGGAGACAAGAAGGAUGAGACGCUCGACACAUGGUUGAGAAUGGUGCCAGUGUGGGUGAGGGCCAAAAGGACAUCGGUAGAAGAGGAGGUGAUUACUGCUGCAUCCUACUUAGAGGGUUCAGCAGCCCAUUGGCUAAACGGAUUGGUAGCUUCAAAGGGCUUCGGCAGGAACAUGCAUGAUUGGGCGCAGACCCAUCCAUUAGAAAGCUUUAUGGACUUAGUGGAGGCUUGUUGGCACAACCCUCAGCAGGCACAUAUUGCCACUAAUGGGCUCUUGAAACUUGAUACUAGAAAGUACAAGUCUGUGCGGGAACUCACCACAGCCAUAGAGCGCCUGAUCGUCGUCCCGGGAGUGGAGUACAAUCCACAGGUCUUGCUGACCAUGUUCCUGAGAUGUCUUCCCAUAGACAUUAGGAAUUUAUUAGCCAGCGAUGCUCGCAGAGAGUAUCACACCUUUGAGUCAUUCAGCAAGAAGGCCCUAGACUUAGAGGCUACGGUGGGUGGAGCUCAAACCCCUUCUACGGAUGGGAGAAAGAAGAAGACUCCACAAGAGUGGAAGAAGAAGGAUAGUCGAUUGAUGAUGGUUGAUUCCGAUGGAAAUCAAACCAAGAUCAAUGAUGUUUUCGAUCUUGUGGAGGGUUCAGAGUUUGACGGCGAGGAGAGUGCUGAGGGUAGCAACCUCGCUGCCCGCCUUAGUAGACCGGUAACAUCUACUUUGGCCAACAAAGAGUGCAUGAUGGUGGAGGACUACGUUAAAGAUGUAGUCUGCACCUUCUCCUACCCAGGAGGAGAGAUAAACCAUAAGAUAUCAUUCCUGGUGAGCGACGAGUUGCCCUUUGACAUGUUGUUGGGCAUGUACUACCUCGAGGUUGCCAAGCCCCAGUUUGACUGGGACAAGAAAGUGUUGAAGCACGAGUUGCCCAGUGGGAGAACCAUGAGACUGGCCAAGUACAAAGCCAGUAGGUUAGUAGACUCCUAUGGGUGCUUAUGCGCAUCUGCUUUCUAUAAUUAUUAUAAACAAAACCAAGAGGAAGGAAUGUACUUAGUCUAUGUCUCUGCAAAAGGGGAGGCCGUUAAAACACCCCCAGAGAUAGAGACCAUCGUCGCUAAGUACCCUGAUCUGUUCGAGGAGCCUACAGGAGUCGUAAACAGGGAGGUUGUUCACGCCAUAGAGAUCAUCCCAGGUAGUAAGACACCUAAGGGUAGAAUCUAUAGGAUGGCUCCGACCGAGUUGGACGAGCUUCGGUGGCAACUGAAAGAGCUCACAGAGAAGGGCUGGAUUCGGCCUAGCACUUCCCCCUUUGGCUCACCAGUAUUGUUUGUUCCAAAGAAAGGGGGAACACUAAGGAUGUGCAUUGAUUAUAGAGGCCUCAAUGCCAUCACCGUUAAGAACGCAAAGCCUCUACCACGCAUCGACGACCUAUUGGAUAGUGUGCAAGAGUGUAAGUACUACACAAAGAUAGACUUCAAAUCCGGCUGCCAUCAGAUUGCCAUAAGACCAGAGGACCAGCACAAAACCGCAUUUCAUACCAGCUACGAUCUGUACGAGUUUGUGGUGAUGCCCUUUGGCCAGCACGCCAUGAAUAGGAUCUUCCGUGACUACUUGGACAAGCUUGUUGUCGUGUACCUCGACGACAUACUUAUCUUUAGUAGAUAUGUCGAGGAGCAUGCUCAGCAUGUAGACACUGUACUUUCACUCCUUCGGCAGCACAAGUAUAAGAUAAACUCUGAGAAAUGCGAGUUUGGUCGCACUCGAAUCUUGUACUUGGGUCAUGAGGUAUUCGCGGAUGGGAUAAGGCCCGAAGAUGCGAAGGUGGCUAGCAUUCGAGACUGGCCACGACCCCAGUCUGUGACUGAGGUCAGAUCAUUCUUGGGAAUGUGUGGUUAUUACCGCAAUUUCGUAAAGAAUUAUUGUACGAUCACAUCUCCCUUGACUGAUCUAACUCGUCUUGACACACCAUGGGACUGGACCGACAAGUGUGAGGCAGCUUUCAAGCGUUUGAAGCAUGUUGUCACGCAUCAUGAGGUUCUCAUGGUACCCGACCCGCAAAGGCCAUUUGUUGUAACCACUGACGCAAGCCAAUAUGGGAUUGGCACAGUGCUGGCUCAGCAGGAAGGGAAGAAGUUGAGACUGAUCGAGUACAUGAGCAAAAAGAUGCCAUCAAAAAAGUUGGCAAAGUCCACCUAUGAAAGGGAACUCUACGCUCUUUACAAGGCACUUGUCCAUUGGAGGCACUAUCUGUUAGGAAGGUUCUUCUAUCUGAGAACUGACCACCAGACCCUCAAGUGGAUCAAGACUCAACCUGUUCUCUCUGAUGCACUCAAACGCUGGAUUAAAGUCAUAGAUCAAUAUGAUUUCAAACUUGACUAUUUGAAGGGAGAGUACAACAAGGUUGCAGAUGCUUUGUCUAGGAGGGCAAAUUACCUAGAUGCGCUGAUUUCUGAGUUUGGUUUGUUCGAGGACAUGACUCGAUCGUUGGAUGAAGCCUACAAGGAAGAUCCUAUCACGAUGGACAUCAUCAACAAACUACAAGCUAAAGAUAAGGCCACCACUGAUGAGUUUGUGAUGGUGGAUGGGUUGCUCUUUCUUGAGAAGACAGGGUUCAAGAGGUUAGUUGUUCCAUCUACUUUGUGUAGUUUAUUUUUAGGUGAGUGCUACGACGCAAUGGGACAUUUCGGCUAUAAGAAGACGAGUGCUAAUUUAGUACAACGAUUCUGGUGGCCCAACAUGCUUGACGAUGUGAAGAAGUACGUGGAGACCUGUCAGGUCUGUCAGCGGGACAAGCCGCGGACUCGAGCUCCGCUUGGGUUACUCAAGCCUUUACCCAUUCCUGCUGGCCCAGGGCAGAGUAUCUCCAUGGACUUCAUGGAUACUCUUGUGACCAGCAAGAAUGGCAAGAGGCACAUCUUCGUCAUAGUGGAUAGGUUCACUAAGUACGCUAGACUAAUCGCCAUGCCAGAGACUGCCAGGACUGAGCACGUCAUCAAGUUGUUCAUGGACAACUGGAUGAACCGAGUGGUGCAGCAUCUGCUGAGGCAUUACAUCAAGCCCAGCCAGGAUGACUGGGAUGAGAAGUUACCUCUCAUCACCAGUCUGUACAACAACGCUGUACACAGCACCAUCGGUGUCAGUCCUAACCAACUACAUCUGGGAUGGAAGCCUAGAUCUGCUCUAGACUUCCUCCUGCCUGAAAAUCGAACUGCUGCAAAUCCUGGAACCAUCGAAUUUGGUGUCCAGUAUGAGAAACUGCUGCAGCAGAGUGUCGAACACAUUAAGAAAUCUCAGGAGAUCAUGAUUGCUUCUGAGAACAAGCGUCGACGACAGUCCACAUUUCAGGUAGGGGAACGUGUCUGGGUCAAGGCUAGUGAACUGGGACAGGAGUUUGGCAUCUCUAGGAAACUAAUGCCUCAGUAUUUCGGUCCCUGGGAAGUCCUGGAUAUUGUGGGGAAUGAUUUGGAUGGUCCCUCGUAUGUUAUUCGUAUCCCUGGUCACUUACGCACUUACCCUGUUUUCCACGCUUCCAAACUUGCACCUUUCGCUGAGACAGCACAGUUCCCAUCACGGAGAUCUAUGCUGCCCCCAACCAUGGAUGGCCACGUGGACGUUGACGACAUCCUGGAUCACAGAGAUACGCCUGUUCCUAAGCCACCUGGCAGGGGGAGACCUCCCAAACCUGCGAGGGAAUACAGAGGAAUAAAAGAGGACCUGACAAGCACAGUGAAGGGAGAGUUGAAGAUAAAUCAGAUUGAGGAGGAGAUGGAGAUGGCAAUGCGGAGAGGGAUAAGAAGCCCAAACAAAAGGGAUGAGGGGGAUUACGCAUACUUAUGCUCCCGCUCGAGAGGCGCGUGCCAGGCAUGGCUGGACAACAUGUUGUCCACGCACAACGUCGCAGUCUCCGAGCUGCAUACGAAGAUCAGCUGGGCUGAUCUCAAGGCAGCAUGGCAUAAGCGGUUCCAAGUGGAGCGGCCCGAGCUUCAGGCAGCCGAGAAACUUCAACGGUUCUAUCAGAAUGACCUGCCAAGCACGGACUGGAUCACCGAGUACCAACGCUGGGCAUCCGCGCCCAACUUGUCGUCGACAUUUGUCGCUAUCAAGCACUUCUUCAUCAGGACGAGCUGCCCGGCGUUGCAGAACGCCUUGACGCAAGUUGCGGAGAUGCUCACCACAAGUGAGCAGCUUUUUGAUAAAGCCUCGCAGAUCAUCGUGACGAACGGCGAAGCCAAGAAUUUGGGCCAUUCGUCUGCUGCAGGCCAGGGCUGCUUGCUGGGACCGCAAUGCGCAACACUAUGCGCCCAUCUCCACACAUACUUAGUCUUCUAUGCACCACCAUCUUCACCGACGGAUGACGAAGCUGCGGUGGGGGACAUCCUUGUGUAUGUUACCAAGGUGGCCUGCGAGUUUCGCAUGCAGCGGUACGAUGAUAACAACGAACCGCUCCUUUAUGUCCGCAUCCAAGUUGGGCAAGCGUCCUGCAGCGCUUUGCUGGAUAGCGGUGCGACUCGCAAUUUCAUCAGCCAGUCCUUUAUCCAAAGGGCCGGCCUUAGCGCACAAGUUCGAGGGAAGCCAAACCCGACGGCGAUCAAGUUGGCGGACGGUCGGACGCAACAACUCCUCGAUCGCCAGAUUCCAGCCGUGCCGGUUUAUUUUGCACCUCGUGCAUGCGAACCGGUGACGUUUGACGUCUUGGACACAGACUUCGGCAUUAUUUUGGGCAUGCCUUGGCUUGCAAGUGCGGAUCACACGGUAAACUUCCAUCAUCGAACACUUACCGUUCGCGACGUCUUCGGCACCGAGGUGCCAUGUACCAUUCCUCUUUCGCACUCCUCGAUCCGGUGCCAAGUUGUAACGGCGAAGUCUUUUCGGGCCACUUGCGCUUAUGAGCGGACCGACGAGAUAGACCUAUGUUUUCUACGAGCCGCCGCGACGACCGAAUCUUCACCUACGGACUUGUCUUCGGACCCUCGAGUGGUGCGGCUGCUCGACGAGUUCACCAACAUCUUCGAGUCUCCUACCGGUGUGGUGCCAGAGCGGCCGAUCUCCCACGAGAUCAUUCUUGAGGCUGGUGCCGUGCCGCCGAAAGGAUGCAUCUAUCGCAUGAGUGAGGAAGAGCUCGAGGUUCUCCGCGCUCAACUCGACGAUCGUUUGGACAAGGGUUGGAUCCGCCCUAGCAGCUCACCAUAUGGUGCGCCAGUUCUCUUCGUACGGAAGAAGAACAAGGAUCUUCGCUUGAGCAUCGACUACCGCAAGCUCAACGCACAAACCGUCAAGAAUGCGGGACCUCUUCCGCGAUUGACGACCUUCUCGAGCGUUUGGGCGGCGCAAAAUUCUUCUCAAAGUUGGACUUGAAGUCGGGCUACCAUCAAAUCUCGAUACGCCCGCAAGAUUGCUACAAAUCCGCGUUCAAGACGC